GAUUUGGAAAGUGAAAAAAAAAAAAAAAGAAACAUCAGAAAAGAAAGACUUGGUGAAUAAUAGUAAAGUCAUCGUUACGAGGAAGCCUGGGAGUGGCCGGAAGGAGGAGAUCCAGAGGAGAGAAGGACAAACAAGGAGGAUCAGGAUAAAACCAGUCAGACCAGACCACUACCUGGAUUACCAUUUCCCAGAUUUUUUUGCAUAGCAUCAUCUCAUUUAAAACCGCAGGUGUCAACAUGGCCGACAGAUCGGUGUCAAGGGCAGAAGUGGAAAGCUCAUUCCAGAAGUUUGCUGUUCAUGGAGACUCCAAGGCCACGGGGAAGGAGAUGAAUGGGAAAAACUUCGCUAAGCUCUGCAAAGACUGCCACGUCAUCGAUGGGAAGAAUGUCACCGCUACGGAUGUCGACAUCAUUUUCAGCAAAGUCAAGGCGAAGUCGGCUCGAGUAAUCACAUUUGAGCAGUUCAACCAAGCCCUCACUGAGUUGGCUCCCAAACGCUUUAAGGACAAAAGUAAGGAGGAGGCUGUCCAACAGAUCUAUGAUCUCAUUGCUGGGAAGGGACCAGCCAAUGUUGGAAUCACCAAAGUAGCAAAGGCCGGUGCUGUGGACAGACUGACCGACACGUCCAAGUACACCGGAUCACAUAAGGAGCGAUUCGAUGACUCUGGCAAAGGAAGAGGAAAGACCGGGCGUGUGGACAUCCCAGACACCAGUGGUUAUGUCGGAGCUUACAAAGGCAGCGGCACUUAUGAAGACAAAAUGAAAGAGCACAACGCCUAGUAGAAUGAAAUCUUAGACAAACUGUAUUUAAAUGAAAAAAGGAAAUAACAGUAGUGACAGAAAUGUACUAAAUAUAUAAAGUUCAUAUACACACCCAGUGUUUAAAUCAGGGGUCCCAAACUCCUGAUCAUUUUAGGGGAGAGCCAUCAGUAUUAGAAUGUUCAACACCAAAACCCCAGAUACUUUUAUUUUUUGUACUGCAAGUACUGCAUUAUCUACACUACAGUAGAUUGCAAACAUCUUUACAGCAUUUAACAGAAAAAAAGUGAUAUCUUAAAAAUAUGUUUUUAAUUGAAAAAAAUUAAAUUGAAUAAAAAAAUACCUAAACAAUAUUGGCAUUCACAGGGCUAGAUGUUGGAGUGGAGAGGGGGUUCCGAUAACCAGAGGUUUGAGACCUCUGAUUUAAAAACGUUGACACUGAUUGACAACUGAUUAUAUAAAUAUGACUGUGUUGCAACAGUGGACAUUAAAUGAAUAAAUGUAAUACAUCUAGAAGCAUUAAAGCAUGUAGAGAAAUUAAAAUUACAUGUGAUGUGAACAGAAUUGUACUACUAUGGACCUGAAGAGUCAGAAUCACUUGUAUUCGUGCAUGAUUUGUUGACACUAACUCAGCUUUGUCCUGCCACUAACUCUGUGCCUUAACGCUGCCUCAGCCUCUGCCCUGGUUUUACUGGUGUCAUUUGGCAUUUGCUGCUUCUUCAGCCUGGUGCAUUAAAAAAAAAAAAAUACAAAUUUAGUGCCAUUCAAAUGCCGCUUCACAGUUCUAACAAAAUGUAGUAGAACUGAGUUUAGAACACAUUACAAAAAAGUGAACAAAAGAUUUAAUGCAUACACACAGUACUAUUACAGUGAGUACUGAAUACUCACUUUUUAAUGUUUCACUUUAGUAUUCUACUGAAUUCUUACUGCUCCAAAAGGUCCUUUAAAAUAGUUUUAUUCCAUAGGUAUUUAAAAAAAAGAAUGUUCAGUCAAAUGAAUGAAUAAAUUGCUAUAUAAUAAAUUUAAUUGGGGCACAUGGAAAUGACCUGUGUAAGCAAAAAUAUGAAUGAACAAUAUAAAUAAAACUAAUGGACAAAGACGUUAGGCGUUGUUAAAUGUA